UUCAUGCAAAGUGUCUCUCAACGUAUUUCAAGUGAAGCAUUUGAUGGAUCGGUUUAUAUUUUUACUGUCAAGUUAAAUGGGAAGUUAAAUGGGAGUGGAAAUGUUGUCAAAUUUGACCCUGCAGACUCUUCAGUUUCUUGUGAUUGCAAAUUAUUUGAAUUAAAAGGGUGGUUGUGUUGCCAUGCGUUGAAAGUGUUGAGUGAGAAAUAAUCGGUUAUGGGUGUUCCAUCUCCCUAUAUUUUGAAAAGAUGGACUAAGGGUGCCAAACAAGGGAUUGUGAAUGAUGAAUCUUAUGAAAUGGCACUGGGUUCAUCUAAAUUUAAUCGAUUUUCCACGUUAAUGCAUCAAUCCUUUGAAAUGAUGAGUUUGGGAGCCGAAGAUGCUGAUACUAUGAGAAUAGUGAAGGAGGACAUGGAAAAAACGAAGGCUAAACUUUUAUCACAUAAAUCGAGUAUGGUUGUGACUGAUGAUGCUGGUAAUGAUGAUGAUAAUGAGGCUUCUGUGUGCAACAUUUCGGCAUUGGACCCGCAUCGAAGGAAAGCAAAGGGAAUAAGUUAUGGGAGGCUUAAAAGCUCAAGUGAGAAAAAGAAGAAAAAAUCUAAGGAACGAGCACCUCCAACACGAAUAGAAAGUCAAGAGUUGGUUGUUCAAGCAACACAAGAUGGAGCUCAUUUCCCAGAUUAUUUGCAUAAUUCAAAUCAGUUUCAAAGUGCCUUUUAUCCUAGCAAUAUUGGUGGUCCUAGAGUAAAUCUAAAUUUUCAUAAUCAGCAGCCACCAUACAUCAUGCCGCCGGAGAUUAUGAGUGGAUUUUGUCCAUUCCCCAGUCAGAUGCAAUCACAAUACACCAUGCUGCCAGGGAUUAUGAAUGGAAUUUCCCCAUUCACUAGUCAGAUGUUGGAGUAUCAUAAUAGAUCUCAUGGAACCAUUUUGAGUCAGGGGUCAUCAAACUCUUUUCAGCAUCCUAGGGUGAAUGAGUUGAACGACUCUGAAGGAACAUAAAUCAAUUGGCUGAAGUAACUCAUAAUUUUGUCUCUCUCUAGGAGGAGGAGGAGGAGGAACUCUCCCUCUCUUUUAUGUACAGGCUUGAAUUUAUAGCUUGUUGUGGAUGAGCUCGACUUCGAUUCCCGCCACUUCUCAUCAAGAAGAGGUAAAAGAGCUUGACCUUGAAAUUUGAAGCAGUUACCUUCGGGUUGGUAAUAGGGGUCAUCUAAAUUAUUAAUGUUACGGGAGUUGUUAUUGUGAUAUUUUCCUUUUUGUGAACGAACAUCACUUCGUUGUAGACAUUUGGAUGAUUUGUCCUUGCUGUUAACUCUGAAUGU